AUGUCGAUGUGCUUGCUGCUCGUAGCCUGCCUGCCGUGCCUACCUCCUGUGAUUCCGACCGUGGAGGCUGCCAAGCACAACGUGCCUGGGCACCAGGCUACUAAACCAGCGGCUGCGGAUCCAGUUCCUGCAAAGGAGGAGAAGAAAGCAAUGGACGGGGCGCCGGAGCUUGCUGCCGCUAAGAAUGUCUUGGAGGAACAAAAGGCCUCCCAUCGGCGGCAAGAGUCUUCUGCGUCAAUGCUGGACAAGGGUCCGUCCAGUGUUUGCUCAGACUGCGGUGUCCUGGACGAGCCGCCAACCCCGCACGGCGAUUCUGGGGAAGUGAAGGAUAUCCAGAGCUUGGACUGCAGUGGUGGCAAUCAGGAGAAGAAUACGUCGCAGAAGAGCAGCAUGAGUGAGAGCUUUGCUUCUGCCAAGGCCAGCGAUGGGGCCAACAGCCUGAGGAAGACCAGCGGCAGUGCUAAGAUCAGCGACCGGGCUGAUUUUCCAGAGAGUGGAAAGAGUAGCAUGUGCCGCCCGAGCGCGGGCAGCAACAUCAGCGAUGAGAGCUCGUGCAGCAGCAUGAGCAGCAGCACGACGAAGCCGCACAAGGGGAGUGAUUCUAGGUGGGAAGCCAUCCGAGUGAUAAGGUCGAGGGAUGGCAUCUUGGGUUUGAGCCACUUUAGGCUGCUUAAGAAGCUGGGCUGUGGUGAUAUUGGCAGCGUGUACCUCUCUGAAUUGAAUGGCACGAAGAGUUACUUUGCCAUGAAGGUCAUGGACAAAGGGUCAUUGGCGAGCCGGAAGAAGCUUCUUCGAGCGCAGACAGAGCGGGAGAUACUGCAAUCUUUGGACCAUCCGUUUCUUCCUACACUGUAUACCCACUUCGAGACAGAAAAAUUCUCAUGUUUGGUGAUGGAGUUCUGUCCAGGAGGGGACCUGCACACCCUUCGACAAAGGCAGCCUGGAAAAUACUUUUCAGAGCAAGCAGCCAAGUUCUAUGUAGCUGAAGUUCUCCUCGCACUGGAGUACCUGCAUAUGCUUGGGAUUAUAUACCGUGAUCUGAAGCCGGAGAACGUCCUUGUUCGGGAGGAUGGGCACAUCAUGCUCUCUGAUUUUGACCUCUCACUUCGUUGUGACGUAAGCCCUACUGUUGUCAAGUCUGCCAACCCUGGACCAGAUGCACUGCAGAGGAGCAACCAAGCAUACUGUGUGCAGCCUUCUUGUAUCGAGCCAUCCUGCAUCCAGCCCGCGUGUGUUGCUCCGACUACUUGCUUUGGUCCCCGUUUUUUCUCCAAAUCCAAGUCCAAGAAGGAGAAGAAGCCAAAGCCGAAGCCUGAGAUUGUCAACCAAGUUAGCCCGCUGCCCGAGCUCAUUGCGGAGCCGACUGAUGCUCGCUCUAUGUCAUUUGUUGGCACCCAUGAGUACUUGGCACCAGAAAUAAUCAAGGGAGAAGGCCAUGGCAGUGCUGUGGAUUGGUGGACCUUUGGUAUAUUCCUUUACGAGCUCCUAUUUGGUAAGACCCCUUUCAAGGGGUCAGGAAACCGGGCUACACUCUUCAACGUUGUUGGUCAGCCCCUGCGGUUCCCAGAGUCCCCAAUUGUGAGUUUCUCAGCUAGGGACUUGAUAAGAGGAUUGCUGGUCAAAGACCCGCAGCAUCGUCUUGGCUACAAACGAGGGACUACAGAGAUCAAGCAGCACCCGUUCUUUGAGGGCAUGAAUUGGGCGUUGAUACGGUGUGCAAGCCCUCCAGAUGUACCAAAGCCUGUUGAGCUGGAUCGCCCACCGAAGCCGGCCCCAGCUAACGAUAGGGUUGCUCCAGCCGCCAACCAGAAGGGCCCAGAUAACUUUCUGGAGUUUGAAUUCUUCUAG